AUGAGAACACUCGUUCUCCUUUUUCUGCUUGCUUUGUGCGUAAAUGCUGGUUUCUUCGACACCAAAUUCGGUAAACAUCUGAAGAAACUUGCGAAUAAGAUCAAGGAUAGCUUUAACACCACCGCUAUGUUAAGAAUACGUGAAAAAAUCGAUAGAAUGACGGAAAAAAUAAAGAAGAAGCUAACGCUACGUCCUGAGCAAAAAGCGAUCCUAGGGGAACUUCUCAAGCGAUUAAAUCCCUUGAAAACAAACAAUUCGCUUGAUUUUUCAAUUCAACGAGUUAAUGAAAGAAGUGGUGUGGGACAAUUACUCUAUCAGGGUGACAUCGCAUUAAGAGAGGAACAAUUCGACUCAUUCGUAACGGAUGAAUUCGCUGACGAUGACGAUGACGACGAAGGACGCGAGAAACGCCAGGCAGCGUUCCGUAAUCAGUAUUAUCCAUUGAAUAUUUGGUCAGAAGGCAUUGAUUACUACUUCCAUUCGAGUUCAACUCGUUCGGUGAGAAGUGUAUUUAAGAAGGCAGCAGAAGCAUGGCAAAAGGAUACAUGUAUUGAUUUCCGUGAGAACAGUCGAGCUGAACACAGGGUUCGUGUCACCGUACAAACUGGAUGUUGGUCUAUGAUUGGAAGAGAUGGUGGUGAACAGGAUUUGUCAUUAGGAAAAGACUGUGACAAUAUCGGCACAGCCGCACACGAGAUUGGUCACGCUAUAGGCCUGCUCCAUACUCACUCCAGACACGAUCGCGACAAUUACGUCACACUGAACACACACAAUAUCCAGCCAGGAUGGAUGAGUGAAUUCGCAAAACAAUCUCGUGCUAGAAAUGAAAAUUACGGAAUGCCGUACGAUUACGGAAGUGUAAUGCAUUAUCCGCCAUACGGACCUCCAUCGAUAAACGGACAACCUACGAUGAUUCCACAUGAUCCGGCAUACAUGGAAUCGCUUGGAUCACCGCUUAUAUCCUUCCUUGAGCUGCUCAUAGUUAACAAACAUUACGGUUGCACAAAGAUUUGUGAAUCCGCACGUUCAUCCGCAAAUUGUCAAAUGGGCGGAUUCCCACAUCCUCGAGAUUGUUCCAAAUGUGUUUGCCCUAGUGGUUACGGUGGCCGACUAUGUAAUGAGAGGCCGUCAGGAUGUGGAAAAGUGGUCGAAGCGUCCUCCUCUCCUCAAACUAUUGUCGUCGAAGCCGGGGAUCGUAGAGCAGGGCAGCGAUUCAGAGAAGACAUGACUAUAUGUAACUACUGGAUUAAGGCACCAGAAGGAUCAAAGAUAGAAGUGAAGAUCACUGAAAUGCCGAAUGGUCUCGCAACACACGGAUGCCAAGCUUGGGGAGUUGAAAUCAAGACUCACUCAGAUCCGCGUUUUACUGGCUACAGGUUCUGCGCUGAAGAGGAUGUUGGAGUUACAAUGGUGUCAAAAACGAAUAUCGUGCCGGUUGUUAUCUACAACAGAUACUACAUAACCCAAGUUAAAAUCGAAUACCGUAUCGAUGUUCUGCUCUUCUGCGAACCAGGAAUUUCUGCAGGAGUAACAUCUUCAAGUUAUCCCUUAAACGAGCAAUUUGUCCGAAAUUAUGCGGAUUCUGCUGAAUUCACCAAGUGUUUAUAG